UGUGACACCAUGUGACUCACAAUUGUACCUGGUGAGAGUGUAGGAGUAGUCUGGUUACUGCAAGUCUGACUGCAUGCCUUCAGGCUGCAGAUCCACAAACACACAGAAUCAGGAAGUUCCUCUAUGUGUCUGUUUACAAGGCGUGUUUCAGUUUUAGUGUUUUUGAGGAGUUCCUGUAUCUGCAGUUCUUCUUUGAGCAUUACUUAAAAUAUUUGAGUUUCCAAGUCAUACAAAUGGGACAUGUAUGGACUUGAAUUCACUCCUGUGUUAUCUUACUUCACCUUUAACUGAUUCAGACUUCAACUUCAGAGACAGGCAGGACUUCACCAGGCUUUCACCAGUAGUUUGCGGUUUCACACCAAACUAGUCCUUUAGUCCUUAAUUUUUUUUUAAAUAAAAGAUUAUUUAAUCAGAAAUAGUCUAUGGCACCUGUUUCAAAAAGUGACACAACCAAUGAGGACUGGAUGUCCACUCUACCUGAAGAACUGUGGGAUCUUCCUCUGACCAGUCUGGCCAUACCAGGUAGUCAUGAUGCAAUGAGCUACUGUCUGGACAUCACUUCUCCACUGGUCCGUUCAGAGUCCAGCACCCUGAAGAUGCUGGAUAGAGCUUUCUACUGUUUUACUCGACCACUCAUUUAUAAAUGGGCCACUACACAGGUCAGAGACAUCCUGGAGCAGCUUGAGGCAGGCAUUCGUUACUUUGACUUACGGAUUGCCCACAAACAGAAUGACUCUUCAGACGAUCUGUACUUCACUCAUGUCAUUUACACCCAAGUCACUGUUGUGGAAACUCUACAGGCUGUCGCUGCAUGGCUCUCAGAUCACCCUAAGGAAAUAGUCAUCCUGGCCUGUAGUCAUUUUGAAGGCAUAAGUGAACAACGUCAUGAGGAAUUUAUUUUUUCCUUAAAGAAAACCUUUGGCUCGAAACUUUGCCCUCGUAAUGCCAGUAUAACCUUACGUGGCUUGUGGUCAUCAGGCUAUCAGGUGAUACUUUCGUAUGAUGACCAGGCAGCAGCACGGCAUAAGGUGCUGUGGAACGGAAUCCCUUAUUGGUGGGCAAACAAAGCCAGUGCUGAUGAACUGAUCCAGUAUCUUGAAUGGCAGAAAGAACAUGGCCGUCCAGGUGGCUUCUUUGUAGCAGGCCUGAACUUAACUGCAGAACGAUGCUUCAUUGCCUGCAACCCACAAAUGUCCCUGCAGACCCUGACAAAGAAAAACUGGGAUUGUGUAAGGAGAUGGCUGGAGGAACAGACCCCUGGAACAGACACUUCAAGCUUAAACAUCAUUGCAGGAGACUUUGUUUGCCUUGUUCCGUUUUGUUCGAUUGUAAUCACACUUAACAAAAAACUGCUCAAACAAAGCACACCCCAGGGUUCAUGACCUCUCUCCAAAGGAAUGGAGUUUGUCUCAUGCUGACUUUCUUAUAUAAAGGUUAGGAAUCAGUUUGAGCACUCUUAAAUACGCUAGAAUGCUGAAGGUACUGAAAGCUUUCUAUAUGGAGCAAUGCAUCUGCAUCAUCUUACCAUCGUCUUACUUGUGUUAGAAAAUAAGUAAAAAACAUUGUCUACAGCAUUCAAACAUUUUAAACAGUUUGAAACAGUCCAGCCAAAGGUUACCGUGCAAUAACAGACUUGAACACUAUAUGUAUGUGAAAAAGUAUGUGGAGGGGUGGAGAAAUGACAAAUAAAAACUGACAUUUACUAUAGAUGAAUAAAAUAAACACGUAAAAAAGGAAAAAUUGAUACAUAAAACAUAAGGAAUUUUUAUCUUAUGAAGAAAAAAAUAAUUAGCUCAAUAAAUUAAUACAACUAUUUAAAAUGAAUAAAAAAUAAUUUAUAUAAAAUAAAAAAACAAACAAAAAAAAGAAUAAUAUUUCAAUGUUUCAGUUUCAAAUCAGUAAAACAGCUCACCAAAACCUCAACCUGUCCAAAUAUUGGACAAUAAUUGAUUAACUUUACAGGCCCUCACUCAUUUUCAUUUAUUUAACUAAACUGAGUUUUAUAUUCUUAUAUUAUUAUAUUAAUAUAUUCAGCCUCGCGCUGAAUUCAGCUCCGCGCUGCCGGAGAGAGCACCCGCGCGCGCGCCAGAGAGAGAGAGAGAGACAGAGAGAGCGCAGCGCAGCGCGGCGAAUUUUGCUUACCCUAGACUAUAUAUAGUAUUAAAAUUAAACCCCUUAAAAUCAAGAGGGCUUCGCGACCCAUCGUGGAUCUUUGGCGACCCAUAGGUUGGGUCGCGACCCAUAGGUUGGGAACCACUGAUUUAGAGCAUUUAUUUACAGAAAAUUAGAAAUGGCUGAAAUAAUAAAAAUAUGCAGAGAUUUCAGACCUCAAAUAAUGCAAAAAAAAAAAAACAAGUUCAUAUUCAUAAAGUUUUAAGAUCAGAAAUCAAAAUUUGGUGGAAUAACCCUGUUUUUAAAGCACAGUUUUAAUGCAUCUUGGCAUGUUCUCCUCCACCAGCUUUACACACUGCUUUAAUAUAACAUUGUGCCACUUUGAUGCAAUAAUUUAAGUAGGUAAGUUUGGUUUGACGGCUUGUGAUCAUCCAUCUUCCUCUUGAUUAUAUUCCAGACGUUUUCAACUGGUUAAAAUCAAAGAAACUCAUUAUUUUAAAGUGGUCUCAUUUUUUUCAGCGCUGUAUAUAUUGAGAAAAAGGUGAAGGGUAGGAUAAAGGUUGCUUUAUUGUUUACAUACUUUGGUACAAACUUUCCAUUUUGUUUACUUGUACUUACAAUCAUUUUUACACUGAAAACCUAAUAUAUUUGCAUAAUUAAAUAAAUAUUUUUCCAGCUCA